AUGAGUGCUGAGACCCCGUCUGGUCUGCUAGAAGUACAUAACCAGGAAACUUUGCCGCCACAGGAGAUAAUUGAUCUCUUCAAAGUAGCUUUCGGCAACGAAUUGUAUGGGACGGAUGCUCUCGAUGAGCUGCAGUCUCAGAUACAGAAGGUGAAAACAGACCUUUACAACAGGGACUACAUUUCGGCGUUCAACAGCGAGGAAAAGAGGGUAUCGUACUGUUGCAGAUGGUCGCCAUCUCGUGCCACGGCGUACGCUUCUUUGUUUGCCCAUUUUAAAGAGAUUGUACAAGUAGUUCAAUGCCACGAGUGCGACCAAAAGAUCCUGUGCGUAGGCGGCGGUGCCGGAGGUGAACUCGUGGCAUUGGCAAGCCUAUUCACCCCUUCGAGAGAAUUUUCCAAUAAAUAUUCGACCUCCAGGCCGUCCUCGUCACCCAAGAAAUCACUAAACAUUCACGUCGUUGAUAUCAGCGACUGGUCUGUCGUCGUCGACAAGUUACAGCGCACAAUUCAAGAACGGUGGCUGUAUGCUGGCGAAGCUCAGCAUUUUCGUGUGCAAUUCAGCCACAACGAUAUUCUCCAGAUGUCUGAGGAUCGACUGGCAUUGUCCGAGCUGAAUCUCAUCACCUUACUGUUCACCACCAACGAGCUGUUCGCAGAGAAUAAACAGCAAAGCAUAAGGCUUCUGCAAAAAUUCAACCAAUUCUGUAGCCCUGGCUGCUACCUGCUGAUCACAGAGAGUGCAGGAAGUUACUCUCACAUUACUGUGGGGACCAAGAAGUUCCCCAUCCAGUUCCUCAUCGACACCAUUCUACUGGGCAAGAAAGGCCAGGAUUCCGCUGGGCCGUGGCAGCUUGUCCACCAGAACGACAGCAUAUGGUACAGAUGCGAUCCCAAGAUUGAUUAUCCGAUGAAGCUCGAGAAUAGCAGGAUCUUUUAUAGACUUUAUAAGAAGAUAUGA